UCAGACUUCCUGCUCAGGGCUCAGCAGCCACCCUGGACCCAGGCUGGGUCAGAGGCCAAGCUCCAGUCCAGGCAGGGCCCUGGGGCGGCAAGAUGGCCAGUGGGGGCAGCAACUUCAGCGCCAGCAUAUCCACAGAAGACAAGAACGCACAAGACAGGCUCUUCUAUGAGACUGUAUUCAGGCACUUCAAAAGACAUAAGGUGGAGAUUUCAAGUGCAAUUAGAAAAGCAUACCCUUUCUUUGAGGGCCUCCGUGACCGUGAACUCAUUACCAAUAAAAUGUAUGAAGAUGCUCAGGAUUCUUGUAGAAACCUGGUCCCUAUACAAAGAGUGGUGUACCAUGUGCUCAGUGAACUGGAGAAGACUUUUGAUGUGCCGCUUCUGGAAGCCUUGUUCAGCGAGGUCAACAUGCAGGAGUACCCCGAUUUGCAGUACAUUUAUAAAAGCUUCGAAAAGGCAGUCCAAGAGAAAAGAUAUCUCCAGGAAAGGGAAGGAGAACAGAUGGAGGAGAGGCCUAAUAUCCAGCUAAGACUUGAACAAGGAACUGGCGAAAACUCACGAAGCCCAUCCUGGUCAGGUGAAGAAUCCUGGUCUUAUCACGGUACAGCCCCACCUGAAAAUGGACUCUCAGAGCACCUCCGUGAAACAGAACAGAUAAAUGCAAACAGAAAAGAUACCACAAGUGACAAAAAUAAUGAACUAGAAAGCCAUCAAGCAAAUGAACAAUGUGCCCGAGAGUCUGAGCCAGCAGAGUCCUGUGAACAAGCACCUAUCCAAGAGAAUAAUGGAGAUGCAAGAAGGGAAACACCCAGCCCAGCGUCCUGUGAUGAAGAAACAGCACAGCUACUCAGCCAUGGAAUCCAACUGAAUUCCUGUUCUGUACAUCUGGUGGAUAUAAAGAAGGAAAUUUUUAACCCAGGAGAUGAAAGGCAAUCCCAAACAAGGGCUAACUCUAACCAGGCAUCUGACGUAAUAGUGAUCAGCAGUGACGACUCUGCAGAAUCCAGCGAUGGAGAUGAGUUCUCAGAAGCUUCAACCUGGAUACUGAAAAGUUGCCCUGAGCUCAUGGAUUUGAGAAAAUUGCCAACAUGCAGAAAAGGCCCUCGGAAAAGAUUGAUGGCAUGUACAGACUCUUCAGAGUCCAGAGUGGAUGAGGCACCUCUGGGAGCCAGGAGCUCUGUCUGGCGAAGAGAUCCUGAUGAGGAGGAUCCUGCGGAUAUUGGAAGCAAAUCUAUUCUGGGGAUAAGUAAUACGAAAAGAUUCUUUCUGGAUAACAUACAGAGCUGCAAGAAGAAGAAGUAUGUGCAUACAAGCGCAAAGGGGAUCGGCAGUGAUGACUUUUCAGAAUUGAAUAAUGGAGAAGAGCCUCAGGAAAUUUCUAUCUCAGCCCUAAGAAGUGGGUCAGGUGUUCCAGGAAGCCAAGAAGCAAGAACUGAGAAUAAUCAACCAUCUGACAUGAUGGAUACCAUGGAUAUUGGAAACAAUUCUACUUUGGGAAAACACAGUGGGAAAAGAAGAAAAAAGAGACGUUGUAUGAAUAAAAAAAACAGUCUCCGAAAAGUGAAAAAGAGAGGUGUAAAUAAAAUCCAAACUCGGGUGAGAAGAGUGUCAUGGAAAAGAGGCAGACCAAAAGGGAGAAAAACAGUCACCACUGGGCCUUUGAAAAGAGGCAGAAGAGGUCCAAGAAUUCCCAGAGAUGAAAACAUAAAUUUUCGACUUCCUGAACUUCCUGUGACCUGUGGUGAGGUGAAGGGAAUUUUAUAUAAGGAGAAAAUGAAGGAAGGAGUCUCAGAGAAGUGCAUCCAGAGUGAGGGUCAAAGCUGGUUCACCCUGAGGGAAUUUGAAGUCAAAGGAAACUACGGACCAUCCAAGAACUGGAAGCUGUCUGUGCGCUGCGCUGGACGGCCCCUGAAAUUCCUGAUUGAGAAAGGAUUUCUACCAAACCCACCAAGAAAAAGAAAAAAGCAGGCAGUACCAGGAUCUCAUGACGAUGCCUUUGUUGACCCUUAUCCACAAAACUCAAAUGAAUGUGAGGUGUGCUGUACAAGGGGACAACUGUUCUGCUGCGAUACGUGUCCAAGGUCCUUUCACGAGAAAUGCCACGUCCAGCUUAUAGACGCUGCCAGGAACCCAUGGAGUUGCAUCUUCUGCAGCAUGGAGAUUAUUCAGGAAAGGUGCUCAGAAAACCAACAACGUCAUCAGGAAUCUGAGGUCCUGAAGAGGCAGAUGCUGCAUGAGGAGAAGUUGAAAUGUGAGUUCCUCCUCUUGAAGAUCUACUCCUGUUCAGAAAGCCCCUUUUUUGCCUCAAAACCAUACUAUAGUAAACAGGCAUUCUGGAGCCAGAGGAAGCCCAUGUGGUUGAACAAAGUCAAGAAAAAGCUGAAUAAGAAGAUGUACGCCCGAGUGGAGGGGUUUGUGCGGGACAUGCGCCUCAUCUUUCAGAACCACAGGGCAUUUUACAAGGACAGGAAAUUCGUCCGGCUGGGACUUCAACUAGAGGACAAAUUUGAGAAUAAUUUCAAAAACAUUUUUGCAAUUCAGGAAAUAAGUAAAAACCAGUUCUCAGUUUGAGCCCAUAGUUUUAUAACAUACCUCAUUUCUCCCACCCCUUCAUGAUGUUGUGCCUGUGGCCUCACUGACCACUUUGCCUGUUGCUGUGCAAACAACAUCAUAUUAUACUUCUUUUUCAAACUCACAUGGCCAUAUAGGCUCAUUUAUUUUUCUAAGUAAAAUUUAAAACUGUC